AUGGUGGCACAGACAGACUUAACUCAGCUUAUGUGCGCUUUUGGCUACUUUACAAAGUUGGUAGGCAGUGAUGAAGUUGCAAUGAGAAGUCUGAGGGCAAUCAAGAGAGACUUCGGGGCCUUGGGACAACUGGUUAAGGGAUCAGGACACAAAUGGUUCUGUGAAGGAAAAGAACUCCAGAAUUCCCCUGACAUUCAGAUCCAUUCUGGAAGUGGAGGACUUCAUUCACUAAUUAUAGCAGAAGCCUUUGAAGACGAUACUGGACGCUAUACUUGUCUGGCUUCAAAUUCCAUUGGUUCAGAUAGUACAUCAGCUGAAAUAUUCAUUGAAGGUGCCAGUUCCACAGAUUCAGAGAGUGAAAGUUUAAUUUUCAAAUCAAAAUCUGGAGCUAUGCCACAGGCCCAAAAGAAAACCACCUCCGUUUCCUUGACAAUAGGAUCUUCUACACCAAAGUCUGGAGUCACCACAGCUGUAAUUCAACCUAUCUCUGUGCCCAGUCAGCAGGUUCAAAGCCCUACUUCAUACCUGCACCGUCUGGAUGGACCCAAGCCUAUAUAUUCUGCACCUAUUUUUACAAAGGAGCUACAAAACUCCACAGCAUCUGAGGGACAAGUUGUGGUAUUGGAAUGCAGGGUCAGAGGACCCCCUCCCAUUCAUGUUAAGUGGUUUCGACAGGGCGUUGAAAUUCAAGAUUCUCCAGACUUCAGAAUUCUCCAAAAAAAAGAGAUAUGCACCCUUGUAAUUGCAGAAACUUUCCCUGAAGAUUCAGGACUUUUCACGUGCACAGCAACAAAUGAACAUGGUUCAGUAACAAGCAGUGCACAAUUAACUGUCUGCUCAGCCAAUUCAGAAAACUCUAGUCAUGAAUCAUUGACAAAAGAAUCCAACAGUGAUGAUUUCCAUCAUUUCCCACCACUUCCUCCAGCUGAAAUUAGCUCUCUUGAGCUUCUUCCUAAGAAACAUACAGAGACCCACCAAGAAAACAACACUGAGUUGAGAUCUGGUGUGACAGCCCUUCAACUACAGCUCAAUUCGUCUGAGGAAAAAACAAAUGGCAUCCACCCGGUUCAUGGAGUAAAUGGAAUGACUAACAGCCACCCAAAUAGUGAUAAAUCCAUCCCGCCUACAGCUGUCUUGCUUUCACCCACAAAGGAGCCACCACCUGUGCUUGCCAAACCAAAACUGUGA